AUGCGUGUCUUUGUCACCGGAUCCACUGGAUUUGUCGGCACUGCCGUGGUGAAGGAACUUCUCUCUGCAGGACAUCAAGUCCUAGGUCUCACUCGAAGCGACAAAGGGGCUGAACAACUAAAUGCCCAGGGUGCAGAGGCUUUCCAUGGUGAUAUUAAAGAUUUAGAAGUUCUGAAGCAAGGUGCAUCUCAAUGCGACGCCGUCAUUCAUCUUGCUUUCGUGCAUAACUUUGCCGACAUGACGGGCUCUUGCGCCAUUGACCGGGCUGCAAUCACUGCCCUAGGAUCGGCCCUUGUUGAGGCUGGUGGUGAUCGCGCUCUUGUCAUUACAUCUGGUACAAUGAUGCUUUAUCGAAGCAAAUUGUGCGACGAAGACACAAGCCCUGACAUGACCAACCCGCUAGCUGCGAUGCGCGGUGCUUCAGAGGCCGUCUGUCUAGAUUUUGCCAGAAAGGGCAUCCGCGCAAGUGUUGUACGCCUUCCUCCUACAACACAUGGUCCUGGAAGCUCGGGAUUUACAGGCAUGCUUGUGAUGGCUGCAAUAGAAAAGGGUGUCUCGGCAUAUAUUGAAGGCCAGAAUCGCUGGUGUGCUGGUCAUCGGGACGACGCGGCUAGAAUCUAUCGACUUGCGAUCGAAAAGGCGGACCCUGGGUCUGUUUUUCAUGCAGUUGGGGAAGAGGGUGUUUUGCUGAAGGAUAUUGCAACUGCGAUUGGUGACCAACUUGAGAUUCCCGUUGUUGGUCUCGCUCCGGAGAAGGCAGAGGAGCAUUUCGGAUGGUUUGCAUUCGGCCCCACGGCUGAUAACAUUGCAUCGAGCAAGAAGACACAGGAGAGGCUGGGUUGGAAUCCUACAAGCCCGACAGUUGUUGAGGAUGUGCCUGAGAUUAUCGGAUUUUUCAAGAGCAGCAACGCUCAUAGGUCACUUGAACCUAUAAGUUGA